AUGAGUGACGUUUCCCCUCCGGGCCGCGCCACGCUCACCAGCGAACGGGUUUUCAGUGGAGCAGAACAUCCAGAGAUCAUCCAGAAAAACGUCCUCCUGGAAAAGCCUCCACAGUCUGGACAAGUACAGAAGAUCCAUUGUGGAGAAGAACCUGCAGAAGAUCAGAUCGUUCACACCAUGGCCCUCACAUCUGGAUUCCUCCUCUUACUUUUCAUUACCGGCUCUCUCGCCGUCAUCCCAGGAGAAGAACAGGAUCCCCGUUUUUGGAACAUCAAGGCGAAGCAGGCUCUGAUCUCGGCUCUGUCUCUGAAACCAAACGUUCACCGAGCCAAAAAUCUGAUCCUCUUCCUGGGAGAUGGAAUGGGAAUUCCGACGGUGACGGCGGCCCGGAUCCUGAAGGGGCAGCUGGAGGGUAAAACCGGAGAGGAGAGCAGACUGACCAUGGAGAUGUUUCCUCACCUGGCUCUGUCAAAGACCUAUAACGUGGACCAGCAGAUGCCGGACAGCGCUGGCACAGCGACGGCGUACCUGUGUGGCGUGAAGGCUAAUUAUGGGACGAUGGGUCUGAGCGCGGCGGCGCGGCGGUAUCAGUGCAACACCACCGCGGGUAACGAGGUCAAAUCGGUCCUACACCGAGCCAAAGCUGCAGGAAAGUCCGUGGGCAUCGUGACCACCACACGAGUGCAACACGCCUCGCCCGGCGCAAACUACGCCCACAUCGCAGACAGAGACUGGUACAGCGAUGCCAGCCUGACCCCGGACGCAGUGACCGAAGGCUGCAAGGACAUCGCCUACCAGCUCGUCCACAACACCGACAUCGAUGUGAUUUUAGGAGGAGGGAGGAUGUACAUGCUCCCCAAAGAGACCACAGACCCCGAAUAUCCCACAACAAAAGGAGACCGACUGGACAAGACCAACCUGAUCGACGUCUGGAUCAACAAAAGAAAAAAUGCUCAGUACGUAUGGAACAAAUCUCAGUUUGAUGCUGUGGAUGAAACUAAAACUGAUUAUUUAAUGGGACUUUUUGAGCCCAAGGACACCAGGUACGAGCUGGACAGGAACCCGGACACAGAUCCGUCCCUCACUGAGAUGAUGGAGAAGGCCAUCAAGAUCCUCAGGAAGAACCCUAAAGGAUUUUACCUGUUUGUGGAAGAUAAUGGUAGAAUAGAUCACGGACAUCAUGACAGCAAAACUAAGAACGCUCUGUACGAAGCGGUGGAGUUCGAUCGCGCCAUCACCAGAGCGGCCGAGCUAACCAGCGAACUCGACACCAUGACGGUGGUCACGGCUGAUCACUCGCACGUCUUCUCUUUCGGAGGGAACUCACCCAGGGGCAAUCCGGUGUUAGGAAUUUCCACUAAAAUGGGCAGCGAUAAAAUACCCUUCACCACAGCUCUGUAUGGGAACGGACCUGGAUACAUCAACGGAAGCAGACCGGACAUCAACUACACCGUUACCAGCAGUACCGGAUACAUUCAGCAGUCGGCCGUCCCUCUCUCGUCUGAGACCCACGGCGCCGAGGACGUCGCUAUCUUCGCUAAAGGCCCGAUGGCUCAUCUGUUCCACGGGGUUCAGGAGCAGAGCUACAUCGCCCACGCCAUGGCCUACGCCGCCUGCAUCGAACCCUACGCCGAAUGUAAUUUAGAGCCAGUUACAGAACCGGAUCACGCCGUGUCCAUCCAGAUCAGCAUCGCUGUGAUCCUGCUCGGCCUCGCAGCCUCUCUCACCCAGCUGAUCUAA